CAGAAUUCUUCACCUAUGUGCUGAUGGUGUAGUUUGCGUGAAAGUGCUAUCAGAUUCGUCAAUAAUCGAUGUUUGAAUCUUUGUUUACAAAAGCAGAUAAGUCGUUUUGAAAAUUUGGUAUUGAAAUAUUUUUUUUAGGUAUUUCAGUGAUUUCACGGAUUUCACUGGAUUUAAAAAAAUUGUGAUUUUCAUAAAUUAGAGUUAUAUAGGCUGAAUUGGAUUGUGCAGUAGAAUGCGAAAGCGGCAAAUUGACACUCUUAAAAUAUUUAAUAUAAAUGUCCAAGAGGUUACAGAAAAUGAGGAAUAUCUGGUUAAUUUUGAAUCCGGAGGACGUGACAUAGCAAUCAAUAUAAUUUUGGGACCGGAAUUCCCUAAUGCGAAACCUAAGCUUGUAGUGAGUCCCAUUCUGAGUCAUCCGUGGGUGAACACGAGCACUGGCGAAAUCGAAAAUGCCCCGGGGAUAUUAAAUUAUACCAUUCAUUCCGAUUUAGGACGAGUUGUCCAAGCUAUCAGUCGGGAAUUUGAGAAACAUCCGCCCCAGUUACUGAAUGAAACUCCUGGAACACCACAGCAUAGUCGAAAUGGUAAUAGCCAAGAACCGAAAGCACCAGAAGGUCGAAUGGUAGCCUCUCCGGUUACACCUGAGCAAGAUGUUUUCGGACUUCAAGGUCUCAGCUUGGAUGAUCUCAGUCGACUGAACAGCGAUGAAGAUUGUUUAGAACAUUUCAUCGAAAAGCUGGGCUUCGUUCAGAACCAAAGCAACGAAAUGAAUCAUCUGUUGGAUCAAAUCGAAGUGACUGCCACGGAAAACCUUGCCAAAAAGCAACUGAUCGAUGAACGAAAAACUAAGCUUGAGGCAAUGUAUCUUGAGUUCAAACAGCUCGGUGCUAGAUACGAAGCUUCAAAUCAGAAGUAUCAGAAAAAGUCGGAGGAUUUUUCCCCGCAACACAUCAAAGAACUACUGCAGAUUGCAGUUGCGGCGGCGGACUCUCGAAGCGACGAAGAAGCGCAAAAGUUUCUCUCCGGCGAUAGCGAUGUGGGUACAUUUUUGAACAACUUUAUUGAAUCGAGGAAAAGUUACACGAUGCGGAAAGCCAAAGAAGAUCGGCUAGUUCAACAAUUGACGGCUUUGGAGCGAGCUGCUUUCUGAUAAGGUUUCGUGCUAGGAAAUACUAACCUUGGGUGUACAUUUUUAUUGUGAUAUGUAUUUAUAUCUUUGUUGAAUAAUUUGGCAUUAGCCUGUGCUUGGAAGAAUAAACAACGGCUUAAAAAGCAAA